AUGGGGGAUUUUAGAUCCAAGUCAUGCAGGAUGGGGGGGUUCUAUGGAGGAGGCAAAACAGCACCAACAAGCAUACAAGACUUCAGAAGUUACAGUGCCAAUUAUACUUCUAACAGUAAUUAUAAUUAUAAUAACAGCAAUAAGGAGAUUAAGAUGAAGAAAAGCAAAAGCACUUUUGGGUCUUCUUCUUCAAGAAGCUGGAGCUUUAGUGACCCUGAGCUUCAAAGGAAGAAAAGGGUUGCCAGCUAUAAGGUGUAUACUGUUGAAGGCAAAUUAAAAGGCUCUUUCAGGAAGAGCUUGAAGUGGAUCAAGAAUACUUAUAGCCAAGUUCAUAGUUGUGAGACUGUGUUUGUUCUUUUGGGAUCUGAAGAGGUAUUUGCAUAA